CGAGACGAACGAAGCUAAAUAGCACACGACUUUUGCUUCGCUUUUUUGUAUUUCACGGGCAUUCUUGCGUCAUGCUCUUUUCUUUCGACAUGCCAUUUGCUUAGUAUGAAACUGUGAGGCCCGGUUAGGCUUCUGGUCGGUGAGAGCGGCUGGAAUUCCGCGACAUGAGGCGUUUUCGGGUUCUGCUUGUCAACCUGCUAUUUCCUGGAGAUGAUUGCAGGUUUCUCUGUUCUAAUUAUUGGACCUUUUUUUUUUUUUUCUGUCUCCUUUCUUUUUCAAGCACUGUUAUUCUAUAUCCUUUAACCUGGGUUUGGCUUUGGCUGCUUUUGAUUGGAUUACCGCCUGACAUGGCUAUGCCUGGAUGUAUGAUGAGAAAUCGUUGCUCGGUGUCGGUGUCGUCUCGUUUAGGAACGGCAUGGGAUGAUAGUAGGCGCUGGCGGCAUGGGAAUUCGGGUGAGAGUAACGACCUGGUUUUACGGUGAUGAUGUACAUGAUGGGUUGGGGGAUGCAUGCCAUGGGCUGGUCAGGCUGGUAAUUGCUUUGACACGAUACUGCGAAUUCAUGAUUUCAAAUUCCCAAUGGCUUUACUCAUCAGUCCUG